GCGGCCGAGCGCGCGUUCCCGGAGCGUCGCGUGGUCGGGCGUCGUCUCUGGCGGUCGCUGCGGUCCCCAGCCAUGGUCCUCGCCGUGCGGGUCGUGUACUGUGGUGCUUGAGGCUACAAGCCCAAGUAUCUCCAGCUCAAGAAGAAACUGGAAGAUGAGUUCCCCGGGUGCCUGGACAUCUGUGGUGAGGGCACACCGCAGGUCACUGGCUUCUUCGAGGUCAUGGUAGCCGGGAAGUUGGUUCACUCCAAGAAGGGAGGUGAUGGCUACGUGGACACCGAGGUGAAGUUUCUGAGGCUGGUGGCCGCCAUCAAAGCUGCCUUGGCCCAGGACUAGGGUGUCCUGAAGGCAGAGCUCAGGGCCCUCGGCCCUGCCCCUCCCCAUACGCUUGAUGACAGGAAGGACUGAAAUGUCUGCAGACCCCUGGUCCUUCCUUGAUGUUCUUGCGGCCUCCGGGUGGGUGCAGAGAUUGAUGUUCCUGGGCUUUGCUACUGCGUGGGAGAGUGAGGACCCUUGGUCACCUCUGCCCGCAGCGCCUCUCCUACCCUCCCCCCCUGCCCCAUUUCCCCCACUACCCUCUUUUCUGCCCUUUCCCCACCACCCUGUGUUGUCUGAUGGAAGCCUAUGGCUCCCUUCUCACCUGCUACCAUAAGCAACGGUUUGAAACUUCAAUAAACAUUCAAUAAACUAUGUGCUUCCAGCAAGCA